UUCUCCAGCCCUCGCCAGGCCCAUUCCCUGCCCGCAGCGGCUCCUCGGCUGUGCGGUGGCGGCCCGCUUGCGCUCGGCAUCUGCAAGAGACCCAGAGGCGGCGGCGGCGGCGGCGGCGGCGGAGGCAGUGGCAGCGCCGAGGAUGAAGUGCAAACCGAACCAGACGCGGACCUACGACCCCGAGGGCUUCAAGAAGCGCGCCGCGUGCCUGUGCUUCCGCAGCGAGCGCGAGGACGAGGUGCUGCUGGUGAGCAGCAGCCGCUACCCCGACCGCUGGAUCGUGCCCGGCGGGGGCAUGGAGCCCGAGGAGGAGCCGGACGGCGCGGCGGUGCGCGAGGUGUACGAGGAGGCGGGAGUCAAGGGGAAGUUGGGCCGGCUGCUGGGCGUCUUCGAGCAGAACCAGGACCGCAAGCACCGGACCUACGUGUUCGUGCUCACCGUCACCGAGCUGCUGGAGGAUUGGGAAGACUCGGUCAGCAUCGGCAGGAAGCGAGAGUGGUUCAAGAUCGAAGAUGCCAUCAAGGUCCUCCAAUGCCACAAGCCCGUGCAUGCCGAGUACCUGGAGAAACUGAAGCUGGGUGGCUCCCCCACUAAUGGAAACUCGGCCGCCCCGUCCCUGCCCGAGAGCGAGCCCUAGCUUCACAGUGAAUAUGACUGGAGGGCAUAUUUCUACCAACGUUCUAAAUGUUUCUACACUCUGUAAUAAAUAUACAUGGAUGGCGACACUAAUUGGAGCAUUUUAUUCUAUAGGUUACCUUUCCAAAAUUUGGUACACAUAGAAUUGAAUACCAUUCUAUUGCCUCUCUUGGCUCUCUGUUACAUAAAUCCAUCUAAGAAAAAUAUGUGUAGUAAACAAAAUUGAUACUGUCAAAGAAAUGAGUAUAAACUUGCUUACCAAAAUUAUAGCUUCUAGAAACCAAACAUGUAAUUUAAUAUCCUAGAUAAUGCUGAAUUAUUGAAUAUGGGUUUCACUAAUUACUGAGCAAUCUAAAUCACUUGAAUAGAUAUUCCCAGUAACUUCAGUCUUAAGAGUAUGCACUAAUCCUACAGAAACUGGAUUUUUGUUUUAUUUCUGUAUUGUAUACAUAAAAAUACCUCUCAACUAAAAAUGUCAGGGAUAUGUUGGGGGUUUAACCACAAUGUUAAUAUUCUAGAGGUAAUAGUACACCGUAUUAUAUUUUGAUAUUUGAACUAUUUGACUAAUUUUAGUUGACUGCUGAUUUAAGUAAAUUGCAGUCUUGUUCUGUAAUCAUACUUUGUUGCAUUUAAAUGCAUUUGAAUUGAGCACUACGGUUCGCUGAGUUUUUUGGGGACCCACAGAUAUUGCUUAUGCAAUUUGCAAUCUUGCUGUAUUUCCCAUUUCCAUAUUGCAAGCAAAAACCAGUUCUCACUCUUUAAGUUCAAAACUAUACAGUUAAGUAUCCUUUCCAGGGUUCAUUCUAGAAAAUAAUUAAAUGAAAGCCUCCAAAUAAUCUAACCUUUUAAUAGAAUAAUUCCAGGAAAUUCAGAUGAAACUGCUGACACGGAAAUAAAGCAAAUCCUGUCUAUGUCUUAUAUUCUCAAAAAGUUUUACAUGUUGACUGCAGUGAAGAUGUGCAGCUGAAUGCCAUUUCCCCCACAUCCAGUGUACUGAUGAAAGAUAAUGAAGACUUUUCCACAAGAUAACAGAAAUUUGUUUUCAGCGUGUUGUCUUAAAGGGCUGAUUUUCCCUCCACUGGACAAGUGCCUAUGCUUAUCCUUUAAAAAGCUUGAAGUCAAGCUGAAGUCAAAGUAGUUUUGAUAUGCUUGAUGCAGGCAUAAGAUGUAUUAGAACCCUAUGUUUUGUCGAUCAGAUGGUUUUUGCAAGAAGGGCUGAAACACGACUACAAAUAAUUCUUGGUAUGUUUUCACUGGAAAGGAUUGUUGUAAAGCUUUAUAUAGAAGCUUCAGUAAAAGUGGAAGUGUGUAAGAACAAGAACAGGUAGCUUGUAAAAUAGCAGCGUGGGUAGCAGCACUUCUGGGACACACGGUUUAACAGGUUCUGGACCUGGAGUUGCCUCUUUCCUCACUUCCCUUUACAUGGAGUUCCUUUAUAAGAAAGAACAAUGUCUCCCUCAGUAGUUGUUCACUGGGGAAGGGAGCCGAAAAUGCUUAGAGCACAUACAAUACUAACAGCUAGCCAAUCUUUUUUUCCUCAGAGAUCUUUUUGUGGAAGCACCUAUUGUAGUUAUGUUCUUAACUGUUUUCCUAAUAUGAACCCUUUGAGGACUAGGACCCAACCUGAAUCCUGCAUAAUAACUCCAGGGCCUCAAAACAGAGGCUACAAUUUGUCGUUGACUCACACUAAACGUGUCUACUACCAUCGAAUUCCUGAUUUUCUUUUUUAAGCUUCAUAACAUACCUGGGAGAAUUUACUUCUUUAGGCUCUGACCCGUGCUUACACUGGAACUACACUGGAUAAUUCACUGCAGGCUUUUCCGGUAUAAAGGGUUGAUGAACCAUACUAAAUCCUCAGUAAAUAUUUGUUGUCUAGACUCUACAGGAAUGGACAAACCAGUAAAACCUUAUUAAUCAGAUUAUCUUUUUUUAGGUGAAUGGAAUAAAUGUUGUUCAGAUUUACUUUGAAAGAAUCAAGUAUGUGAACCCAAUGAUGAAUGGAAUUGUGAAGCACAGGUGAGCUCUUUGACAUCCCCAAGGACACAGCUCAUCCUAUGCUUUUGGACGCUUCUUUCCUGUUAUUAACAAUGGCUAUUCUUCAGGUUGUUGCACUACCACUGUAUCUGUACACAAUUCUAUUCGGCACCUGUGGCCUUUGUGUGCUUUUGUCUGUAUUUCCCCAUCAAAUAUGACCUUGAAUGCAAAGAAAUAGCUUUCUUAGUCUUUUUAUAUCUAGCAGACAUUACUUGAUAUAUGGUAGGUGUCACUGAAUAUUUGUUUAAUAUUUUGUAAUGAUAAUGAAUGGUAAAACAUCCCUCUUCUAAUCUCUCUAGCAUAGAUGUAUGUGGCUUUUGUAUAUCAGGUGUCACACAACUAUUUCAAGGCAGCUGUGAGAUAGUAGCAAAAAUUCAUAUGUCUGUGUUAUCCCAGACAUUAUGUACCUCCUACAUUUGCCAAAAUUUUGAACCCAAAUUUAACUGUGCCUCUAGACAUAAUUUUUUCUCUAUAGAAAAUACAGGAGAUAGAGAAACAGUUUACUGUAUAUCAAACAUAUGAGAGUCAUAGAAUCCUGACUUCAAGAAAACACAGAACAGAUGAUCCAGUUUCUUCAGUAUAUAAGUCACGAGGAUGAAAGGAAAGGGUGGAGCUUGAACCUGUGGAUUGAAAAGGCCUUCAGAGAGUGAUCAGUACUUGCAUGGAUCUUGUUUGGAUCCCGAUUUAAUGAAACUAUAAGGUGAAUGAAUUAGACAGCUAGAAUAUUUUGAGCAUUGGCUGGAUAUUUUCACGUUGAUUAUUAUAGUGUUGUUGUUAUAUUGGAAACAAGACUUCUAAUCUGCAUUCAAAUAUUUACAGUUGAAAUGAUAUAAUGUCUGGGAUUUGCUUCAAAAUACGUCUAGCUAUUAAAUACACUGGACAUACUCAAACAAGAUUGGCCUUUAAGAUUGUUGAAGCUGAAUGAUGCUUAAAUGAUGUUCAUAUGUUCAUCUCUGCUUUUGUAUGUUUGACAUUUUCCAUAAUAAAAAAGUUAAUCAUCGGAAA